AUGGCGAGGAAGAGGGCACAGAACCGGAUCGCACGACAAUAUCUUCGAGAAAGAAGGGCCGCGAGCAGCCGGCAUGCCGACAGAAUUUCAGACACGAUGCAGAUUAUCGCUGAGCCCGAACGGCUGACAAUGCUGCUUGAAGCCCAGGCAAAGCUCACUAAAGAGAAUCAACGGAUGGAGGACGCCCUUUUCCGUAUGCGGAAAAAGUUGCUUAGCUUAAGUAAUGCCGCAGCUACUGCUGCCGAUGACCCUAUUUUUGAUGAGUUUCUGGGGCGAAAAUCAUCAUCGAGCAAUUGCUCUUUAGGGGAGCUACAAGAAGCUAUGCCCACUACGACUAGAGAGUCUCUAAGGCAAGACCAGAUCUGUUCAGCGCUACCGUCACAGGAGACACAGAGUUUGGAGAGCGGCCAUGUACAGGCAUUUCUCGAAGCAUCUUCGAUUGCUAAAGAGCAAGGCCCUAGUGAACUGUUAACUUUUGGGCAAGAUUUCCACUUCCAGCCAGGAUACGGUGCCCAACUUCAAGAAUACAGACUUCUUUAA